AUGCAGCCAAGUCAACAGCAGGAGCCGUGGUUAUGCAACGAGAACCCCUCUCGUCCUUUCGAAUCUGUAUCGGCUGAUUUCUUCAGUGUUGCUGGGAAAUCUUUCCUCGUGUAUGUAGACAGGCUAUCUGGAUGGCCAGUAGUGGUAAAAUUUGGUACUAAUACUACAGCAGAAGCAACGACACGACACUUCAGCCACAUCUUCCGAGACUUAGGUGUUCCUGUAAGGCUGAUGACAGAUGGUGGACCUCAGUUCACCAGCUCUGAAUUCAAAAAUUUUUUGGGCAGAUGGGGUGUUCAACAUGUGAUGUCCACACCCCACUAUCCCCAAAGCAAUGGCCAUGCUGAAGCCAGCUGUAAAGAAGGUCAAAACAAUUUUAUCCUAAAGGUAGCACCUUCCGGGAAUAUCGACACCGAAGACUUUGACAGAGGAUUGUUGGAGAUACGGAAUACUCCUAACUAUGCUGGCCGUUCUCCAGCACAGAUAUUAUAUGGCCAAGCCCUCCGAUCAUGUGUCCCAGCCCAUGCAUCAUCAUUCAAGCAGGAAUGGCAAGCGAAAGCAGAAGAAUACGACCGUCGUGUAGCAUCAUGUUCUCAAGCAGCUAAAAUACGGUAUGACAGCCAUGCACCCCCCCCACCCUUUUGGCACCACUUAAAGCUUGAUGAUAAUGUCCGGAUUCAAGACUCUAUCUCUAAGCGAUGGGAUAAGACAGGCGUUAUAAUGGGCAUCGGCAAGUCGCGAGACUACUAUGUGAAGUUACCCUCAGGAAGAAUAUUAUGGCGUAACCGCCGUUUCUUACGCCCUGUACAUCUCCCUAAUUCACAAUUGCGGGAUGAGAUGCAACAGUAUCCAAAGAAGAAGGAUGUAGCCCCUGCUACAAGUCAACAACCGCAAAGUGACACUCACCUAGAGUAUCGACGUUCACCUAGACUCCAUACCCGUUCAUAA